GCGUACUACAUAGAGGAACGUGUUGGUCAAAUUUGUUGCGCUAAACAAGUUAUCGCAUGGUGACGUAUUAAUUAACAAGUUCCAAUAAAUAUCGAAGACAAGUGGCGCACGAUCGCCCGCAAUGCCCUCUGCGGCUGGCCAAGUCUCAUAACAAAAUCAACAAAACAAUUCGCUCGUUUCCCACCGAUUGCACUUGACGAAUAUGGAAGCGUCACCACAACAAUCGUCGACUUGCGAAGAAAAACUAAAAUGUUUGUUGCAGCUGAUUCUUACGCCAAGCUUUACCAUUCAAAACGACACGCUCUUGAAUAAGCUGUUAUCACAUUUGUCCAAUGGAGAAAAUAAAGUGGCAAAUCAAUUCCUUCAAUCACAAGUUGUUAUUUCAUGGAUUCCCACCGCAUUGAGCCAGUGGGAGGCUGAGAAACUAGCAAACAACUGCAUAUGUUCAUUUGUCUUAAACUUGACAGCACUGCUAUCACAAGAUGAGACCACAUUUGUCACCUACAGCCUUGGAAAUGUCUACGAAAGACUAUUUAUCCUCUUCAAGAUGCAAAAUGAGGGAGUCCAGCCCACUAUCAAGUUGGCUUAUCUGAGAAUAUUGUCUUCUUUCCUGAAUCACAGCUCUGGCUUGGAGUGGAUCAUGUCCAACAACAUCUGGAGGAAUUGUCUCAACUUCUGUCUAGAUAAUGAAACAGUGUAUAUCAUUCAGGAGGGCCAUUCUUUCAUUUACAAUUUGAUAGUUAAGACAGUAGUGAAUCAUGAAGACUUCUGUAAGUUGGUAGUUGCUGAAAUCUACAGUAAACUGGAAGGAGUGCCUGUGAAUGAAAGCUCCUUGUAUCAGCAACUUGUUGUUGAAAGUGGCUUAGAACAGAAAUGCACAGCUGCGCUGCAUCUUGUGAUUUACAUCCUGAACCAGCUCAUAGAAAACGAGAACAAAAAGGGUGACUAUCGGGCGGUGAACAUUCUACUCGCGGAUAACAUUCUGGAAGAGCGAAUCAAACAACUCAAAUCGAUUACGAAUGAAGUUGAACGCGUCUAUGAACUCUACGCGGUGUUGAUCUACAUAAAGGUUUUCCACCUUCUCGUAAAAGGCAAAGAAACACCUUAUGAAGACUUUUACACCACUGGCGUUGAGUUGAUGGGUUUUAUCAACGAGUUGCUUUGCGUGCGGUAUAUUCCAGUUGUAAUACGACUGGCACAUUUGUCAGACUCCCUCUGGAAUCAUUUUCCCGAAGCGCGUGCUGGGCAACCGCUACUAACAGCGUCUUCCGAAUACAAUGGCCGCGAACCGCUGCGCUUUCAGAAUCAACUGCUUCUCUUUGAAGUGACAGCCAUUUUUGGCAUUUGCUUCCUGCACACCAACUAUCGAUACGACGAGUCGGACGAUCUGCGUGAAGAUUUCAUCCACUCGUUUUUUCGCAUGUUGCACGAGCGGACAAUCCGCAUGGGAUACAGCUGGAGGGAUAUCCUGCACCAGCAAACCGAAGGCUUUAAGAUGGCGAAGUUUGCCGCUCAGCACGUGUUGCGCUCGAUAGAUAAUUUCAAUAAGAGUCGUGCGAUUACGAUCUUUCAAGUGUUGCUCUACACGUUGAAGGAUAUUCAAAUUGGACUGAAAGAGAAACCGACGCUUAUUGAGUUGUUUAUACAGCAUGAUAGCUUCAUGAUCACCCUGUUCCAGACGAUGGCUGCGUUUAUUAAUAAGUACGAUAUUACUUGGCGGGAUAGUGUGGAGACGCUCUGUGUGAUGAAUAAUGCGAUUGAGUGCAUUAAUCAAUCAUUCUGGCCAGCAAGGGUGGUUGUACAUGCGUUGAAACUAGUGGAAUUGUCAAUUGCCAAAUUUUUGCCUCCGGAUUUAGCAUUGUUGGUUGAAGAGGACUCCACUACCAGUAUGUUGGGUAGUAUGCUGACUGCAAAACUAUACGACCGCCAUUGGGAGAUCCGGGACAGCACGCUGGAAAUAUUACAUACAAUUGCAAAUAUUUCGAAUUCGAAAUAUCCACUAUUCCAAACAAUGUUACUCAAUGUAAAUAUUAUUCCAAUGAUUGUCACAAUGACCAUGCAUGAUUCGUCUGGCUUUGUGCGGGCUACCGCCAUCAAAUGCCUACAAGAAAUGAUUCAGGUUCAAGAGAUAUGGAGCCAGUUGCUUGUCAAUCAGGAAUUGCCUCAAAAAAUAAUGCACAUUCUCAAUUACGAGCCAGAAGCAAUCGUCCGGACCGAAGCAGCAAAGCUGAUGUCGAAAAUCCACGAAUUUCAAUCCUUUCAGAAUGACCUGAUGGGCGAAAUUUACGAAUCGAUGGCACUUGCUGCCGCUAAAGACUUGCACUGGGAGGUGAAGUCUAAUGCGCUCGAUUUUUGGGGCAAGGUGGUGUUGAAUCACAUGCAGGAGCAGGGCUACAUUGACAACAAGUUCCCCAGCGUUACUUUUUCUAGGGAGAAGCGCAAAAUCGUCACGCUUACCGAAGACGAGGUGCAGCGUCGUCUCACCAAAGUUCUCGACCAGUUGAGUGAAAUUGGCUGCCUUGGUGUGCUCAUCUAUGCCAUUCACGAGGACUGCGAUCUCGAAGUGAGCAAGAAGUCACUGCGCAAAGUGAAAAAGAUGAAAAAUAUCCUCCAAAUGCACAAAAUGUUCGACAUGUAUGAUAAUGUUCCUCUGCCUGAAAAUUUGUGCAGCACAAAUGCGAAAACAUCGCCGGCGCCACAACCACACAUUGAUUUAUCCGAAGCGACGUUGGACGACAUCCUCGACACAAACGACGAAAACUUGCUCAAACACAUGUUCACGCAAGAGGUGUCUCCGCUUCACUCCGAACAGACGAGGAAAGUAUCCGAGCAGUUGAAGGAAAUAACUCCUGACAUAUUCAUAACGUUCAUACAAAACGACUUGGAUGCAAUGAUCAAUGAGAAGGUCAUGUGGCUGAACAAAUUGGACGACUUUGAGUCGCUCCUGGAUGACAUGACGAAGAAUUACGACGGAAAUGUCAAUACGAUGGAUUGCUACUGAGCACGGCAUUGACCUCGUCAAUUUUCCGAAAUUAUUUGAAUAGCGCUGUUCCAAGUGACGACCCACGUUAUAUAUCCGUUACUCCCAAGGUCAUUACUUUAGCUCUACUGAAUAUGCUUUCCAGAAUCCAUUUGGAAGCACGAAAAAUGCGCAUUUAAAUAUUACCAUAAGACAAACAGCUUACUUGCGUGAUUGUUGGUUCUUUAGCAUUGUUAAUUUUAUUCAAAUUGAGCAGGCAGAGAAUUUGCAAUCGUUAGGUUAAUGAAUAUUCACAUCAAUUCACGCUUGUACAAAUCGUCAAUCAUCUUAUUUUCAUGAACGUGAAUUUUGAUUUGAAAUUUUUACAUCACCAAGAUGCCAAUUUGGACUAGAUUCUAGAAACCUCCAGGGAUGACAAACGCCACACCUAAAAGUUUGUCAAACAAUUUCAAGUCUGCUAAAUCGAAAACAGGGGCGGAUAUUUUGUGAUUUAAAAUGUAUUUGCUGGGGUAACAGAUUACGAGUCGCAGCAGCUGUGUUGCUCUUCGUCUACGUUACGUGACUUCUCUAUUAUUUUAUUCUACUAUUGUUUGUUGUUAAACAUUUACAGUCUUGGCAAGUUACAUUGUUUGUAAUUAUUUUUGAUACGUAGUUAAAUGUUGUCAAUUGGAAAUAGUUACAUGUUGCUACAUUUGUAAUGCUUAAGUGAAGUUUUGAUACAAGAUAACGUUUCUUUAUAAGUACAUAGUUUAUUCAUUGGAAAUGCCAAAAGAUCGUUAAAUCGCAAUUUCAUGUAUUUUUCUAAGAAAAUAAAAUUGAUAUGUUUUUAAA